AUGGACCUUGCAACGGGGGCCAUGGGUAGCCUGCUCCUCAAGCUUAGUGAGCUCCUCACGGAGGAGUACAAGCUGCAGACCGGCGUCAAGGAAGAUGUUGAGUAUCUCAAGAGAAAGCUGACAAGCAUGUAUGCUGCCCUCCGCAAGGUGGGGGGCGUGCCACGAGACCAGCUCGUUGAGCAGGUCAAGCUCUGGGCUAACGAAGUCAGGGACUUAUCAUUCAUAAUGGAGGACAUCGUCGACAAGUUCCUCGUGCGCGUCGAGGGAGCUGAGCCUGCCAUCAAGCCACAAAAACUGAAGAAGCUAAUGAAGAAGAUGGGAAACUUGUUCAGCAAGAGCAAGACUCGCCAUGAGAUCUCCGAUGAGAUCAAAGACAUCAAGGUCCGCGUCAAGGAGGCGGCUGCCCGACGUGAUAGGUACCGGGUCAACGACGUGGUUGUUAAUCCAGUUGGCACAGUCACUGUUGACCCUCGCCUAUUGGCUUUGUACAAGGACCAGAAAGAGCUCGUUGGUAUUGACGAUUCAUUGAACAAGCUAACCAAGAUGAUGAGGGAUGGGGAUGGUGAUCCAUCCAAGAAACUUAAGAUACUCUCUAUUUUCGGAUUCGGAGGCCUUGGCAAGACAACUCUUGCCAAAGUAUUGUAUGAUAAGUUUGAAGCACAGUUUGAUUGCAGUGCUUUCGUUCCAGUAGGACGGAACCCUAGCGUGAAGAAACUUCUGAAUGACAUUAUCUAUGGAAUUCACAAGAAAAAGUACCCAGGGUUGGAUGAAAAGCAGCUGAUUGACAAACUCCGAGAAUUACUUGAGAACAAGAGGUACUUGAUUGUUAUUGAUGACAUAUGGGAUAAAAGAACAUGGGAACUAGUCAAGACCGCUUUGGUGUGUAAUAAUAAUGGAAGCAGGAUAAUCACAACUACUCGUAUACUCAAAGUUGCCACAACGACCAGUGAAGUAUACAAGCUACAACCACUGUCUCCUUGUUUAUCCAAGGAGUUAUUUCAUAGAAGAUUAUCUUGUGAUGAAAUAGAAUGGCCUAAUCAUCUGCCUACAGAGGUAUACGAUAAAAUUUUACAUAAAUGUGGUGGUGUACCAUUGGCUAUAAUCACAAUAGCUAGUUUGCUCGUAGGUAAACCUACGGAGGUUUGGUCUAAGGUAUACACUUCAAUUGGUUUCGGGCAUGAAGAAAACGAACACGUGGAGAACACGAGACAAAUACUUUUAUUUAGCUAUUAUGAUCUACCUUGUCACCUAAAGACUUUCUUAUUGUAUCUGAGCAUAUACCCCGAAGAUCAUCUGAUUGAAAAAGAUAGUUUGAUAUGA